CUCUGCUUCACUGCUACUGAAUCACACAAAUCUCGAAGCAUCUAUCAAUGAACUCUUCACUAACAGAAAACAUCAUCCAAUUUCACACACCAAAAAAUCUCACAUUUUCUUCUUCUUUUUCUCCUUCAUUUCACAAAUUCGAUUUCACAAACCCUAUCAAAUUUCAAAAAACUCGUAACUAUAACAAUGCGUUGACGGUCAACGCAAUUGGCCCCGGUAGCCGAGGGCUGGAUUUGGAAACGGCGGAGGCGGUGGUGGUUGAGAAAGAGAAACCGAAAGUAUCGCCGCCGCAGUUUGAGGUUUUAAGCGGUAGUCCGACGCCGUUUGGUGCAACUGCCGUUGAUGAUGGAGUUAAUUUCGCUAUUUAUUCGCGUAAUGCCACGUCAGCUACUUUGUGUUUGAUGUCUCCAUCUGAUUUGCCUCAGAAAAGAGUUACCAAGGAUAUACCCCUGGAUCAACUUACCAAUAAGACUGGAGAUGUGUGGCACGUCUUUCUGAAGGGAGAUUUUACAGAUAUGCUCUAUGGCUAUAAAUUUUCUGGGGAGUUUUCUCCUGAGGAAGGGCACUACUAUGAUUCUUCGCAGAUCUUAUUAGAUCCUUAUGCCAAAGCUGUUGUAAGCAGGGGGGAGUUUGGUGUUAUGGGACCUGACAAUGAUUGCUGGAGCCAAAUGGCCGGGAAAAUUCCUUCUAUUGAUGAGUUUGAUUGGGAAGGGGAUCUACCUCUGGCACUGUCACAAAGAGAUAUGGUAAUUUAUGAAAUGCAUGUUCGUGGAUUUACGAGACAUGAGUCCAGUAAUACAGAAUCCCGUGGCACUUACCUUGGUGUAGUGGACAAACUUGAUCAUUUGAAGGAACUUGGUGUCAACUGCAUAGAGUUAAUGCCAUGUCAUGAGUUCAAUGAGCUGGAGUACUUCACCUACAAUCCUGUAUUGGGUGACUAUAGGCUGAAUUACUGGGGGUAUUCGACUAUAAACUAUUUUUCACCAAUGCUGAGAUAUGCAUCUGCUGGUGCUCGUAAUUGUGGCCUUGAUGCAGUAAAUGAGUUCAAACAGCUUGUUAAAGAGGCGCACAAACGUGGAAUUGAGGUGCUCAUGGAUGUGGUUUUUAAUCAUACUGCUGAAGGGAAUGAAAAUGGUCCCAUUUUGUCCUUUCGAGGUGUUGAUAACAGUGUCUUUUAUAUGCUUGCACCUAAGGGAGAAUUUUAUAACUAUUCAGGUUGUGGAAACACCUUCAAUUGCAACCAUCCAGUUGUACGCCGAUUCAUAGUAGAUUCCUUGAGAUAUUGGGUAACAGAAAUGCAUGUAGAUGGAUUUCGGUUUGAUCUUGCUUCUAUCAUGACAAGAGGCAGCAGCCUAUGGGAUUCAGUAAAUGUAUAUGGGAAUCAAUUGGAAGAUGAUUUGCUGACAACUGGCUCACCUCUCAGCAGCCCACCAUUAAUUGACAUGAUUAGCAAUGACCCGAUACUUCGAGGAGUGAAGCUUAUAGCUGAAGCAUGGGACUGUGGUGGCCUUUAUCAAGUUGGAGCGUUUCCUCAUUGGGGCAUUUGGUCGGAAUGGAAUGGAAAGUAUCGCGAUACAGUAAGGCAGUUUAUCAAGGGUACAGAUGGAUUUUCAGGUGCUUUUGCUGAAUGCCUUUGUGGUAGCCCUAAUCUAUACCAGGAAGGUGGUAGGAAACCAUGGAACAGUAUAAACUUCAUAUGCGCUCAUGAUGGCUUUACACUAGCUGACUUAGUUACGUACAAUGACAAACAUAACGUGGCAAAUGGAGAAGACAAUAAAGAUGGGGAUAGUCACAAUAACAGCUGGAAUUGCGGACAAGAGGGAGAGUUUGCUAGCAUCUCGGUAAAGAGGUUGAGGAAACGGCAAAUGAAGAACUUUUUUCUUUGUCUAAUGGUUUCACAAGGUGUGCCCAUGAUACACAUGGGUGAUGAAUAUGGUCACACAAAAGGGGGAAACAACAACACAUAUUGCCAUGAUAACUAUAUGAAUUACUUUCAAUGGGAUAAGAAAGAAGAGUCGUCAUCUGACUUUUUCAGAUUCUGUCGUCUAGUUACCAAUUUCCGCCAUGAAUGUGAGGCACUUGGCUUAAAUGACUUCCCAACAGCAGAUAGGUUGCAGUGGCAUGGACAUGUUCCUGAAACUCCAGAUUGGUCUGAAGCAAGUAGAUUUGUGGCCUUCACCUUGAAGGACUCCGUAAAUGGAGAACUCUAUAUCGCCUUUAACACUAGCCAUUUACCAUCUACUGUUACAUUGCCAGAAAGACCGGGCUAUAGGUGGGAUCCGUUAGUGGACACUAGCAAGUCUGCACCAUUUGACUUCCUAAGUCAUGACACCCCUGAAAGAGAUAUAGCUAUCAAACAAUAUUCACAUUUUCUUGAUGCCAAUCUAUAUCCCAUGCUUAGUUAUUCAUCCAUAGUCUUAUUAUUAACCCCGGAUGUAAAUGCUUAAUCUAAUAUGUGCACGUAUAAUACACGACAAUCAUACAUGCUCAAAGCAUGGAGGGUAAAUUCACGGUCCGUAUGUGUGAUUUUUAUUUUACUAAUAUCAAAAUCAAGUUUAUACAUUGCAA